AUACAAGUGUACAAAGCAUGAUAGAGGGGAAGACACACACUAAGUCAGCCAAGCAAAUAUUUUUGAAAGAAAAAAAAAAUAAAGUAGCAACUAGCAAGAAGGAUAGCUUUGAUGUUAGAGAUGAGUUGAGAGGAGUCCAUCCAUCUAUCCAUGGAGAAGAUCUGGCAGAUGAUAAGAAACUCAAUUUUUUGGCGGUUUCUUCCGCAUCAUCAAGAAGGGAUGUGAUUCUUUAUUUAUACCAGAAGGUUGGAAUGGAAAGGGGAUUAAAUGCUUUCUGUCAGGAAUAACAAGAGCAAUUAAAUUGAUGCGGGAAUUUGCUGAUAAUCAGACAACUGAUAAGAUAAAACAAGACUCAAGCAGAGCUUCUUGGGGUGUGGUGGACUUCGAGUGGGAUCUCUAUAUGAAUAGAGAUGACUCCAAUCAAAACGAUUUCUCUAUUUAUGGACCUUUGUUUGAAGUUGAUAUCGAGCAAUCUGCCUUUUGUGAGAAACACCUAAUGUUAAAAUCUGUUGAGGAACAAUUUAGUUCUCAACUAUCAUCAAACUCUUCCCAUGCAAACAUUAGGGAUUGUUUUCAGACAACUAUGACUACUGGGGUUGACUCAUUGUCUCACUUUCUAAUCAAAGAAUUUGAAAGAAUUGUUACCUCCUGUUUGGAAAAUCGCGACUAUUUGGAUAAGAGACUAGGUGAAGGGGCUAAAGAAUGUGCUUGUCAAGUGGUAAAUCCUGCGACAGAGACAAUUGCAGGUAAUCAGUGUUCUCUAGGUUCUGACUGGGAUGAUGCUUCUGUUGAGAAACCUGUAUAUUCAGGGGAUGAGUUUCUUGGUCAUGCUUCAGAAAACGAGAAGCGGACUCCUGUUUCAGCGAUAGAGGAUCUAUGAGACUCAGACACAAAUCAAGACAUUUGUAACAAGGCUUGCUUGGUCACGAAAGAAAAUUGUUUGCCCACACAGAACCUUAACACUCAAAUGAAAAUAUACAGAAAAAGACACCAACGAUCGCAUCCCAUGAGGACAAGAUCUCAAUCUCAUGUGGAUUUUUGAUAGCUUCAUGGAACUUGAUGGUUUUAUAGGGAGGGUUCUCACUUGUUCUUCGGAUUGAGCUCUAUUUUAUUUGUUUGUCUACUUUGUUUCUUAAUCUUUUUUGUAUUCUUCUUUUUUUGUCCUUGUACUUUCAUUUUCAUUAAUAAAACUAGGAAUUCGUAAACAAAAAAAACACAUCAUUAUAGUUAUAAAAAAAAUAUACACCUACAUACUUGACACACUCAA